AGCAUUUACUUAUGUUAAUAUAGUUGCAUGUGAUUCCCAUUUGUAUCUAUAAAUGAACACUCCAAAAUGAGAGACUGAGCUUAUAUUUGCAGUAACAACAGCUAACGUGCAAGUUCCAAGGCAGAGAAAACAAUAAUGGCCACCACCUCGGAGAGGGAUAUGGAGAACAAGAGUGAUCAAGAAGAACUGAAGCAUCUUGGGUUUGUGAAGAUUGCGGCAAUUAAAGCCUUUGUGUGUGUGUCGAAUCUCUACGACUUCGCAAAGCAAAACUCGGGACCUUUGAGAUCUGCUGUUGGAACCGUGGAAGACACUGUAACCACCGUUCUGGGUCCCGUCUACCACCAAUUCAAGGCUGUCCCCAACCACCUCCUCCUUUUUGUCGACAACAAGGUCGAUGAAGCUGCUCACAAAUUCGAUGAGCAUGCACCUUCUUUGGUUAAGCAGGUUGCAACCCAAGUCACUUGUUUGGUUCAGGAAGUGACACACAAAGCUGAGAAAGUAGUGAGCGAGGCUCAAUCUGGAGGGGCACGAGCAGCAGCAAAUUAUGUAGCCACUGAGUCCAAGCAAAUUGUGCUCUCUGGUUCGGUGAAAUUGUGGACUGGUCUCAACCAAUAUCCACCAUUCCAUUCAGUGGCAGAGAUGGCAGUUCCCCGAGCUGCACACUGGUCAGAAAAAUACAACAAUGUGGUAAAGGGAACGAGUGAAAAGGGUUUUGCCGUGUUUGGCUAUUUGCCUCUGAUUCCAAUUGAUGAGAUAGCAACAGCGUUUAAACAGGGAGAAGGCAAUGUGAAUGAAGAUGAAGCAGGUUCCGUGGCAGAGAGUUCUUAGAGCACUACUAAUAGGGUAGCUAUUUUCUUCAUAAAAUCUGCUUCUGGCUAGUAUUUGUUUCAGUUUGAGGGCAAUGUGGAUGUUCAUGGAAGUGUAAGAAAUGGGUUCGGAGUGUGUGGAUGGUGUAAGUUAACCAAGUUCGUAGAACAUUAUGGGAUUGUGUCAAUGGUUGCGUGUCACCAAGUUGAAGUUGUUUCGUCCUUUUCUUGCAUAAAAAUUAUCUUUAUUGUCGUCUUGGGCGGAUUGAGGGCGGUCACUAACUCACUAUUGGAACUUGGAGUGCCCACCUAACACUCCACGACAUUUCAAGAGCAUUUCUUCCUUGGACGCCACAAUCAAUCACUUACACUUAAUAAUAGAUUAAGAAAAUAAGAAUAAGAUUUAAAUACUAACUGAUAAAGCAGAAGAUCUUUUUGUGUGUGAAUCAGGGACUGUUAUUAGCUGAUUAUGUGAAUCAGCCUGUUUCUGCAGUGUAAUCUUUUGUUUUUGUUGAUUGUUUUUUCUCCAUCUACCAAAAAAAAAAAGAUUUUUUUUUA